AUGACACUAAAAGUAAUAUCAGGUGAUGGAAUUUUUGACACCAAAUUUUUAUAUCACAAUCAAGACAUUUCAAAUAUGUAUGAAAUAACGGAAGGAGCAAUAAACCUAUGGGUAUUGGAUCAAAAGAAAGAUGUUAACAAUUUACUACCAUUUACCUUCAAUAUAUUUCAUAUAACGAAUGAUGAAGAAAUUGAAAUUUUUAGAAAAUAUAUAAAGUCAAUUAAACUUGGGAUAUAUGUUGCAAUAGUUAUAACAGGUGCAAUACCAUAUCAUAAUAAAAGAUUAUAUAAUACUUUUCAAAUGAUGGGCGCCGGUAAAUUAAUAGAACAAAUAUCAGACUCAAAUCCAAAUUAUUGUUUAAUAGGUUAUAAAGGGCAAAGAGUAGGGUUUGCAAGAGAAAUAAUUGGUGAUGCUAUGGACUUUGAUGAAAAUGCAAUUCAAGUAUGGACAAUGACAUCAAAAAAAAGAAGCAAUACUAAAGGAAGGUUUAUUAUAAAUAUGAGAAACAACUUACCGCUCUAUAAACCAAUAAGCGAUUUUUAUAAAACAAAAAUUAAAAAAGAAAUGGUUACAAAACACUGGUAA